AUGAUGGAGCUUCAAUUGGGGCUUGCACUAUAUGGAAAUUCAACAAAAGGGUAUAAUCUUGAUUUGAAUAAAGGAAGAUCAAGUCAAAUUCUUGAUGUUCAAGAUGAAAAUGAUGUCAAUGUUCUUCAAACUUUGCCUUUGUUGCUUCUUUGGGACAAACAUAAUGAUGAUCAUCAAAACAAUGAACAUAAAAGAAAAGAUAUUGGUGAUGAAGAUGGGGUGGCGGGGUGGCCACCAAUUAAUUCAUUAAGGAAGAAGCUCUGCCACCGUAGCCGCCGCGGCGCGAUGAAUUAUGUCACGGUGGAGAACGGCGGCGUUAGUGGUGGCAGAGGAUCAAUAUAUAAGUAUGUGAAAGUGAAAAUGGAAGGAGUUGGAAUUGCAAGAAAAAUUGACUUGACUCUUUUUCACUCUUACAAUAAACUUACUGACACCUUAAUUUCCAUGUUUGGAAAAAAUAAAGAAAUUGGUGAUGUUUAUAAACUUACAUAUCAGGAUAAAGAAGGUGAUUGGCUUCUUGCUGGUGAUGUACCAUGGAGGACUUUUGUUGGGUCAGUGCAGAGGCUAAAAUUAAUUAGAGAUGAAGAUUAUUGA